AUGUCUGCCAAAGCGGCUAUUGAAGUUUCCAAAAGGAUUCAUUUGAAAUCCCCUUGUAAGCCGGAUUCCGUUCUUAAUCUUUUCCGUGGCUACGGAUUCUCUGAUUCACAGAUAUCCAAAAUUGUGAAACUUAGUCCUGUUGUGCUUUCAGCUAAUCCCGAGAAGACCAUUUUGCCUAAGCUAAAGUAUUUCCAGUCUUUAGGGUUUUCAUGUUCGGAGCUCCCAGGACUUCUCAUGUCUCACUCUGUAAUCCUGGACUGGAGCUUAAAGAAUCGUUUAAUUCCCUUUUGUGAGGCCCUUAAGAGUGUUCUUAAUGACGACGAGAAAGUGAGAAUAGCUUUAAGACGGUCAAGAUGGUUUCUAAUCUACUGGGAGGUAAACAAUUUAGCUCCAAACAUGAAGGUUUUGACAGAUCUUGGAGUUCCUCGAUCUUCUAUUUGUGCGCUGUUAACUGCAUUGCCAAAUGUAGCAUUUAUGAAUCCUGCCAAAUUUGUUGAAUGCGUCAAGUUUGCUAAUGAAGCAGGAAUCGACCCUUCUAAGGUCGUGUUCAUUCAAGCUAUCAUUGUUUUAGCACAGGUAAAGAAAUCAAGCUGGGAGUCAAAACUGGAUUUGUUCGAGAGGUUUGGCUGGUCCAGGAAUGUCACUCUAUCAGCAUUCAGUAAGUUUCCACAUUGCAUGCUUCUGUCAGAAGAAAAUCUCACAAGCAAAAUGAAGUUUCUUGUGGAUGAAAUGGGUUGUUCAUUGGAAGAUAUAGCCGGAUGCCCAACAAUUCUUAGCUAUAGCUUGAAGCGGAUUAUUCCGAGAUGGUCAGUUAUUAAAAUUUUGAAAAUCAACGGCUUGGCUGCAGAUGAUAAAUGGUCUUUACCUUACAUUAUCAUUGUAAGUGAGAAGAAUUUUCGGGAGAAAUUUGUGAUCAGAUUUCAGGAAAUUGUUCCCCAGCUGCCGAAAAUCUAUAAAGAUGAACUCAGAGCUUUAUCUCAGGUCCAAAAGGAAAAAAAGCAACAACUCUGAGCUCUAUCUGAAUGUCAAUCCUAGGCAGUUACUUGCAGUGUAUGAUUGUAAAUUUUUGACCUUGUGAUUUAUUAUGAUAACUGUUCUGCUUUAGUUCUUACUCUGUGUAUUUUUUUCUCAUGUUAUGGUAUCUUAAUUUGAUCUUUUAAACUGUAGACAAUGUUUUUAGUCCUUUUACCCA